CACGACACUUUUUAACGCUGUACGGCAGACCGGUAUGCCGGUGUACUGGUCAGCAGCGUGCGCCUUGGUGUCUCUUCCGAGUGUCAGACUCGCGCUCGGCUUUGGUAUUCAAAGGUUGGCAACGUCGAUUCCUGUGCGAGCGGGCCGACUGGAGCUGCAUUUUCCCGGCACAGUCCAGGCUGCAGCUCGGAGAUUUGUCAGCAUGACAACUUCCAACUUGUUGGCGGCUGAGUCCAUGGCCCAGAGACUGGUCUGGGUAGACUUGGAGAUGACUGGACUAGAUAUUGAGAAAGACCACAUACUUGAAAUGGCCUGCAUAAUAACUGAUUCAGAGCUUAACAUUGUGGCCGAGGGACCAAAUCUGAUCAUAAAUCAACCAGAUGCACUAUUGGAUGGCAUGUCUGACUGGUGUAAAGAGCACCAUGGCGAUUCAGGUCUCACGCGUGCCGUACAGGAGAGCAAGAUUUCCCUGCAGCAGGCAGAGUACGAGUUUCUGUCCUUCAUCCGCCAACAUACGCCUCCUGGGCUUUGUCCACUAGCUGGAAAUUCCGUUCAUGCUGAUAAGAAGUUUUUGGAUAAGUACAUGCCCCAGUUCAUGUACCACCUACAUUACAGAAUAAUCGAUGUCAGCACCAUCAAGGAGCUCUGCAGGCGUUGGUUUCCAGAAGAAUAUAAGCAAGCUCCCCGGAAGAAAGCCUCACACAGAGCACUGGAUGACAUCCAUGAAAGCAUCAAGGAGCUGCAGUUUUACAGAAGAAGCGUCUUCAAACCUGUAAGCGUCAAGAAGCACAGGAUUGUGGAAAACGGAGAAAACGGUUCAACAGAUCUGAAAGCCGCACGUUGACGGUUUGGGUUCAGUCUUGUCUUCAUCACUUCUGAUGCCUUCCUCACCUAGUUUUUAUCAAAUUGCUGACUCGUUUGUGAUUUGUUGCCUUUUAGAAAGCGCCAUAACUCAUUCUUUAAUAAAGCUUUCAUUCACUCUCUC